AUGGCUUUAAGAGUGUUCCAGCGAUUCAUAACAAAACGACCUCUUAAAGCAUCAAAGCCAUUUUGUGGAAUUCUCUCCGCAAAGCCACAUAAAGUCAUCGUCCUGAAAAAUGGGACAGAGAGAGAGUCAGUAUGUUUGAUGUCAGGGUUUUCAAAGAAACACGGACGACCAGCAUCAGCAAUAUCAUCAGAUGGUGAGGACACCCAGUGUGCACCCACAUGGAAUACAUACUUGUACCAGUUGCAGCAGCAAGCACCGAAGCCAAUAUGCAUUCCUUGUGAUUAUGAGGUGCCAAGCAGACCACCACAGUAUGGAAAAGAAUAUCAUGGCAGCCUCAGCAGACAGGAUGUGGACCGGCUCCUGCGCGAGGGAGAUGGAUGCUAUCUGGUCAGAAAGAGCGAAAGAGCCCCUGAUGCAUUCACAUUGGCCAUAAGGUUCAAUAAUGAAACAAGGAAUUACAAGCUGUACUACGAUGGGAAGCAUUACGUUGGAGAGAAGAGGUUCGACACCAUCCACGAUUUGGUGGCAGACGGCCUCAUUCACUUUUACAUUGAGCUGCGAGCUGCCGACUAUAUCAAGACGUUAUCUCAGGAAUCCAACUAUGAGGAGUCACCGUAUAUGGCAUACAACAUGAAGAGAAAACGAAUGGGGAAAUCCGGCAAAGGUGAUACGAGUAUCAGUAGUGCUCAGACCAGCUCUGCAGCUGAUACAGUUGACAAGUCGGCUCCAACAUUAAGUAUCACUGACUAUGAAAAGCCACAUAUAUUCAAAGUUCAGAAUUUUAUUGGCCUUCAUUUUUGUGAUUUCUGUGCUAAUUUUAUGUGGGGACUUCUUGCUCAAGGGGUCAAAUGUCAAGAUUGUGGUAUUGAAGCGCACAAGAAAUGCAGUGAGAAACUUCCUAAUGACUGCGCACCAGAUAUGAAAUAUAUAAAGCGCAUUUUUGGAGCAGACCUGACAACUGUGGUCAAAGCUCAGAAAUCCCUGAUUCCUAUAGUUGUUGAGAAGUGUGUGAAGGAAAUAGAACUUAGAGGAAUUGAUAUGGCUGGCAUUUACAGACUAGCAGGUUUUCAUGAUGACAUCGAAGCUGUCCGUAUGGCAUUUGACAAAGAUGUGGAGAAUGCCGACAUCAGUGCCAACAAGUACGAGGACAUUAACACAAUAUGCAGUGCCCUGAAGUUGUACUUCCGCCUGUUGCCGAUUCCGCUGAUCACUUGUGAAGUAUACAAAAAACUCAUCGAGAUUGUCAAGAGAGGUGAUCUUUCCGUAGAUGAGCAGGUGGCAAUGAUGAAAGAACCGCUCAGUUCUCUCCCUCCAGCACAUUUUCACACUUUUAAGUUUAUGUGUGCUCACCUCGGCAGAGUUGUUGAUCACAAGGCCAAAAACAUGAUGCCCGCAGAAAACCUGGCCAUCGUCUUCGCCCCAACUCUGAUGCGCUCAGACGAUCCAGAUCCCAUGGCCGGUCUCGUGUCAGCGAAGUUUGAACAGCGAGUCAUGGAGCUGAUUAUAGCUAAUCAUACCAAAUUGUUUGGAAAGUGA